AUGUCAAUCAGUCGAAUCAAAAAAGUGGUAAAGGAUAAAAUCUCGCCUAGGAGCCGCUCCAUUCCACCGCCAAAUGACGAACCUGCACUUGGUGGAAUACAGGAGAUUGACAAGUUGACGAUCACAACAGCCUUUCCCACUACUACUGAUGCAUCGUCGUCAUCAUCAUCGGUGCAGAAAAUUAUGAAAUUCAAUCUGACGCUGUUAAAUCAGUAUAUAGAAUGGCAAAGUUAA